GAGGCGCUGGGCGGCGCACGUGGGUGCUAGCGCGAAGGCUGGGCUCAUGGCGAGUUCCGCGGGACUGGCUCUGUGCGGGCAGGCGCUGGUGGUGCGGGGAGGCAGCCGGUUCCUGGCCACCACCACCGCGGGCAGUGAUGAUGACGACAGCCUCUUCACAUAUGAUUGCAGUGCUGCAGAAAAGAAGUCACAAGAAAAUAAAGGGGAGGACGGACAGCCCGUGGAGAAGGGGAGUGACACGAUCCUGGCGUCCACCUUCUCCAAGUCUGGCAGCUAUUUUGCUUUAACCGAUGACAGUAAGCGUCUGAUUCUUUUCCGUACAAAACCAUGGCAAUGUCUGAGUGUCAGGACCGUGGUGAGGAGGUGCACGGCCCUGACGUUCACGGCCUCUGAGGAGAAGGUUUUGGUGGCAGACAAGUCUGGGGACGUUUACUCCUUUUCAGUGCUGGAGCCCAACGAAUGCGGCAACCUUGAACUUGGGCACCUGUCGAUGCUGCUGGAUGUGGCCGUGAGUCCUGACGACCGCUACGUCCUCACCGCCGACCGGGACGAGAAGAUCCGGGUGAGCUGGGCCUUGGCCCCGCACAACAUCGAGUCCUUCUGCCUGGGGCACACUGAGUUCGUGAGCCGCAUCUUCGUGGUGCCCGACCACCCUGAGCUGCUUCUGUCCUCAUCCGGGGACUGUACCCUGAGGCUCUGGGAGUACAGACGUGGCCAAGAGCUGCACUGCUGUCACCUGAGCAGCCUGCAGGAGCCAGCGGGGCCCUGGAGCGACAAGAGGUUUGCCGCAUCCAGGAUCACUUACUGGAGCCGGGACAGCUGUGUGGCGCUGCUGUGUGAUUGUGUCCCUGUGGUCUACAUCUUCCAGCUGGAGGCCCCCAGGCGGCAGCUGGUUUACAAGCAGCAGCUGUCUUUCCAGCACAGAGUGUGGGACGUUGCUUUCGAGGAGAGCCGGGGGCUGUGGGUGCUGCAGGACUGCCGGGAAGCCCCCCUCGUGCUCUGCAGGCCUGUGGACGGCCAGUGGCAGCCUGUGCCUGAAGAUGCCACGGUGAGGACCGUCUGCACGCAGCUCCGCGGGCACUGGGCCAUGCUGGAAGGCUCUGCUGGCGUGGACGAGGGCUUUAGCAGUCUGUACAAGGCCACCUUUGACAACGUGACCACUUACCUGAAGAAGAAAGAGGAGAGGUUGCAACAGCAGCUUCGGAAGAAGCGGCAUAAGAACCCGCCCCCUGGGCCCAACGGGCAGACCAAGAAGCUCCCUUGGAGGAAAAAAGGGGCACAUCACCGCCCACUCCGCUUGGUGGCAGUGAGGUCCAUACAGCUCCCCAGACUCCUGGGCUGGCCCAGUAACUGAGGGUGUCCCGGGCUCUAGAACAUUCUGUCGCUGAGCAGAGGUGUCUUGAGCGUCCUCUGGUUGCAGGGAAGCCGCACGGGGGAGACGCUACAGGUGAGCAACUCGGUGCCUGGAAGCACUUCAUCUUCAUGGUGGGGGACGUGUGAGCCUGUUCCCUGGCACUGGUUGGUGUUUCUGCUCUUCCCAUAAUGCCACCCAUGCCGGGCACACUUCCUUCCAGGGGAGUCCAUACAAAUGGUGUCACACCAGCGUGAGGGGCAUUUGCAUUUUUCCCAUCAGCAGUCCUGGAGGGUGGAUUGCACUGUCCUCGGUGCCGCUUCCCACGCGGGCCCGUCAAUCUGAGCAGCAUGGAG